UAAGGACACCUUCAAUAAUAACAAACACAAAAAGAGAAAAAACGCCAUGGGAAUGUUUGAUAAUUUCCUAAGUCUUAUCAAAGUCAAUAAAGAGAAAAUGACGGUGCUAGUUGUGGGCCUAAAUAAUAGUGGCAAAUCCAGCAUAAUACAACAAUUUAAAAGAAGAAAUGAACCAAAUUCUCAUAUAUCCAUACCUACAGUGGGAUUUACACAUGAGGAAUUUUACAAUCAAGGAGUUCAAUUUACAGCUAUUGAUAUGUCUGGGGCUUGGAAAUAUAGAAAUUUAUGGCAACAUCAGUUUAAAAAUUGCCAAGGCAUUAUAUAUGUCAUUGAUGCCAAUGAUAAAAUGCGUAUGGUUGUGGUCAAAGAGGAAUUGGACAUUCUAUUGCAACAUCCCGAUUUGAUUGAUCGCCAAAUACCCAUACUUUUCUAUGGUAACAAAAACGACUGUGAGAACUCUUUGUCAUCCGUCAAUAUUGCUGCAGCUCUAGAACUUACCAAGUGUGAUAAAGCCUGGCACAUUUGCUCGAGUAGUGCUAAAACUGGCGAUGGACUUGAGGAGGGUAUUCAAUGGCUAAUACAACAAGUUCGUAACUCUACACACAGCAAGAAGGAUAAGCAUAAGAAAAAAUAAAACCAAUAAACUUCAAAAUAAGAAA